AUGCCCCCAAUUGCACAAAGAACGCUACUUGAGAAGGGAUGGUCAUUCAAGAAAUCAACAGAUGGCCACGAUGCCUGGAAGCCUGUAGCCAGAGUGCCAACGGUUGCUCACAUUGACUUGAUUAAUAACGGAAUCAUCCCUGAUCCAUUUCUCGAUAUGAAUGAGCUCGAGGUUGAGUGGGUUGGAGAGACGGCUUGGACUUACCAAACUACUUUUGACUCACCGUCUGUCAACAGUAGAUCAGUGUAUCUUAUCUUCGAGGGUCUUGAUACCUUUGCUCAAGUCAAGCUCAACGAUAUCAUCAUACUCAAGAGCGACAAUAUGUUUCUCAGCCACCGUGUGGAUAUAACUAACAAGCUUUCCAACGACGGGGCCAACGUGCUGAGCAUCGAAUUUGACAGUGCACUACUCAAGGCCAGAGAGAUCACAAAGCGAUAUCCUGAUCAUCGAUGGGAGCUCUUCAAUGGAGAGGCUGGGCGCUUGGUUGUGAGAAAAGCUCAAUAUCACUGGGGAUGGGACUGGGGUCCAGUGCUUAACACAGCCGGGCCAUGGAAACCAGUCUGGCUUGAGGUUUCAUCUGCCCACAUCAAUGAUUUCCUCCUCAAGUACAGUGUGUCUCCAGAUCUCAAAAAGGUCCAGGGUACAGUGGAAGUUGAUAUUGAGGGGCCUACGGAAGCAGAAAAGUCUUCCAGUGGCCGUUUGGUUAUCCCUUUCGCCAUAGAUCAGCCAAAGCUGUGGUACCCCGCUGGAUACGGUCAUCAGUCUCAGUACACCGUCAGUGUCAGUAUUGUCAAAGACGGUCAGAAGCUUGAUGGAAAGACCAAGAAGACUGGCUUCCGAAGAAGUGAACUUGUUCAAGAAGAAGACUCUCAUGGAAAAUCAUUCUUUUUCAGAAUUAACAAUAUCGACAUCUUCUGCGGUGGCUCGUGCUGGAUUCCUGCCGACAAUUUUCUACCUCGAAUCACCGCUGCUAAGUACCGGGACUGGUUGAAGCUUAUGAUAGAAGGCAACCAGAUCAUGACGAGAGUUUGGGGCGGUGGCAUAUACGAAGACGAUGCUUUCUAUGACUGCUGCGAUGAGAUGGGCAUACUGGUGUGGCAGGAUUUCAUGUUUGGCUGCGGGAACUAUCCAGUAGGGCCAGAACUCAUAGAAUCGAUCCGCGAGGAGGCAGUGCAGAACGUCAGUAGACUGCAUCACCACCCUUCUGUCGUCAUAUACGCCGGCAACAACGAGGAUUACCAGGUUCAAGAGCAAGCAGGUCUCGAGUACAAUCCAGACGACAAGGAUCCUUGUUCUUGGCUCAAGUCUUCUUUUCCUGCUCGAUACUACUACGAGUAUCUCUUACCAGAGGUAGUCAGUGAGGUGUUUCCAGGGAUGAUAUACUGGCCUGGAUCACCGUUCUCCGGAGGCAAAGACACUGCAGACAAGACUACUGGAGAUCUCCACCAAUGGAACGUUUGGCAUGGUACACAGGAAAAAUACCAGGUCUUUGACAGGCUGGGUGGCAGGUUCAACAGCGAGUUCGGUAUGGAGGCUUUCCCAGCCUUGUCGACGAUCGAGCACUGCAUUACCGAAGAGUACAACCGUUUUCCGCAGUCCCAGAUGAUGGAUUUUCAUAACAAGGCAGAUGGCCACGAACGACGAAUCGCUACUUAUGUCGUGGAGAACUUUCGUCCUCUUCCAGAUCUAGAGUCUCAUAUAUACUUGACGCAGCUUUGUCAGAGCGAAGCCAUGACUUUUGCGUACCGCAGCUGGCGUCGCCAAUGGGGCGAUAAGCGUCGAUGCGGUGGUGUCCUCGUCUGGCAGAUGAACGAUUGCUGGCCCGCCAUCUCAUGGUCUAUCGUCGACUACUUCCUCACUAAGAAGCCAGCUUACUAUUCCAUUCGUCGAGCCCUCAAGCCUAUCGCCGCGGGUGUUCAACGUCAACAUCACGACUGGAGUGUCGUUCAUGCGAGGCCCGCAAAGACUUCUCCAUUUGAAGUUUGGGUUGUGAAUAGUAAGCAGGAGGAGGUAACAGUCACUGUUGAAAUUCGCUUCAUUUCGAUCAGCACUGGCAAGGAUAUCAGAGAUAAAGUCAUGAACGCCAACACGGUUCUGAUCCCGAAUGGUACGACUGACAUCCUUGCUGGAAAGAUUGACCAUUCAAAGGAUGAGCCACAUGUCAUAUCUGUCAGGGUUCUACAGGGCGACAUUUGUGUUUCCCAAGACGUUGAUUGGCCUCAACCUCUCAAGUAUCUAGACUUCUCUGACAGAGGUGUUGAGGUUCAGGUUAGGCCUGAUGGGUAUCAACUCACAGCUAACAAACCUACCAAGGGCUUAGUCUUUGAAGAGCUUUCCGGUAUCUUCUUGGAAGACAAUUGCAUGGACAUUAUGCCCGGCGAAAUUGUUAAUGUCCUCGAGUUUCCUACCCUAGCUCUUGAAAUGUCCUCAACAGCUGUACCAGACCCGAGCUCUGGCGGAAGCAGUGACGACAAUACCGAGCUCAUUAUUGCUGUGGUUGCGCUGGUCAUCUCUGUCCUGGCCUUUGUCAUUGCGAUUCUCCAGGCGCUACAGCAGUAUCUCGCCACAGCGACCGGUUUCUCGUCGUGCAGUGAAGCUGUCAUAGGGAAAUGGGCACAAUUUGCGCGGCGCCGGAUGAUCUGGUCCGAGUUCCGUUUCGAGGUCCAGUUCGAAGCUCCAGUCAUUUUCGUCGCCAAGCCCAGCAACACCAGGGGGCCACUGGGCGAUGAUGCUCUAGCCAAGGACGAAAGCAAAAAGAUCAUUCGCCUCGAUGGCGGAAAUGACAACUUCAAGUACACAGAUACUGUCAAGGAAUUCGACAACGAAUACAAGCAGAGCACGCAGCGGAUCAUUCACACGGCAGAUAAUGAGAAAGCUACCUGGUACGGCUUGCUCAUGGCUAUCGUGAGAAUGGAGAAGGAAUCUCGCGAGUGGCAGGGCAAAAAGUCAGCUGAGUGGGUCAAGGCGGCUGGUCCGCGCCCACCAAUUGACACAGAAGAGCCUCAUGCUUAUCACUCGCUAGUUGUCUGCAUGCAGAGAAAGAGACGUACGUGGGAUAGCAUGCCCAAGGACUUUGCCAAGCCUUAUGCCACAACCACAAUAUCGCAUCUCGUAGAAAUUGCAGGAAUGCUAGGCAUCCAUUGGAGGAAGUUUGAUCUCAAUACCGACCAGUAUCGCGGUCAAGGCAACGGGUUUGUUCUAUAUGGAUCGUACACGGACGGUCUUGGUAUCACCUUCAACUUUCAGAAGCAAGGGCCAACCUGGUUCGAGAAAAACAGGGUGAUCCCCAACUACAACGUCAAGCAGCUAUGCUUCGGUAUGGCCCCAACGAUCUUCAACCAGGAGAAGAAGGUCUAUGCCGAUGAGGCCAAGGGAGCUGAGAGUCUUCAGUUGGGAAGUUUGGCUGAGAUUGCAAAGACGCUCGUGGUGCUUGGAUGUGAUAUCAACACAGUCAAUUACUUCCGAAAGCCUGACCAAGCACGCCACACUCACCUGUUUGCGGUUCCAUUCGAAAUUCUUGGCAUGGUCGGAGAAAUGCUUCAUAUCAAGGGCACGGUCUUCCGUAUGCUUCCAAACCCGACCGUCUUCUACUGGGAUCCCAGUUCCUUUUCUCUUUCAGCACUGAUGACGGAAUACAUCAACUGCUUACGGCCUCUACAUGAGACAGCCUUGAAGGAUAGCGAACAAGUACGUAAGAUCAUUAAGUGGGCAGAAGCGGAUGAAAAGUUCCCGCUCCUACGAACAGAAGGAUCAACGCUCGAUAUCUUUGGCGAAGAAAUCAAUGGUGCAAACCUGGUCAACCACCUCAACAAUCUCCGAUCUGGAGUCGAUUUAUGUGAUGAGUACUUUGGUAGGAUGAAAAAACAUGGGUUAUCCAUGAUUAAGAGAGUUGUGCGUAUGCAUAUCCAAGAAGUCAUGGGUAUUCUACACGAGAAGAACGAAGCCGACGAUAACACAAAGAACGAUGACAAUGAUAAAGCUUUUGAUGACACACCGCUCACCAUUCACAAUAUUGAUUCGGCGCCAGGCGAAGACAAAGAGACUCUUCUGAUUCAAAUGUAUUUCGACCGCGUUCGACAAAACGUCGUCCGGAAUCUCAGCAAACAGGGCCUGCUAAGCAAGCGCAUGAGAGCAAGACAAGAUUCCUUUGUCUCUGAAGAUGACAUGAGUGCAACUCGCCCCAAGCACGGUGGAAAGUUCGGGGACAAAGAGCUCAAUGAGGCUUGGUGUGUACUCAUGUUCCGCAUGUUGUGCUGGCUACAAUUGCAUGAUUUUCACAAAAUGGAUAUUCAAAUCAGCAAAAGCGAUGCAUACGCGAGCCGCAUCCCAGUUUAUAUUGUAUGA